AUGGAUUUUUAUACUGUUGCGUUCAUGUCGGAAAAGCAUACUUUAUUGGUUGUCUCUGAACACACGACUGGUAGGAUAAUACUGUUCAAAACUGUGAAUGAUGAGCUUUCUGGAUACAAGGUGAUGUAUUCUAGAGGAUUAAUUUCAAAAAUCACACUUGAUUCAAACAACAAAAUGAUUUAUAUUUCAUCUUGGAGGAGCAAUUUAGGUGCAAUAGAGCAAUUUGUACAAAAUAAGCCCAUUAAUUCAUAUGUAAAUUUGAGUUUUUACUACAAUGUUUUGGAUAAAUAUCAGAGUGGAGAUGAAAUUAAUUUAAUGCCAACCAAAAAGGGAGAUUAUUUUGAGUUUUUCUAUGAAAAAAAGGACCCAAAAACUCGUAAGGGUCAUAGCGCAACUCUACAACAGUUAGGAUUAUCAAACGAUUUUAAAACUGGGGUAAUAACUGGGAAAAUAAAUGUGACUGGGAGAUAUACGAUAACAAUAUAUGGAGGAAACUUACUCAAACAUGUCUCAACAACUUUCACAAUAUUUGCAUCAUGUGCCCCUGGACAUCAAUUUAAUAAAGCACUGAGAAAAUGCGAACAAUGCCCUGUUGGAACAUAUAGAAAUGAUGAAAAUGAGGACUUUUGUAUUCCUUGCUCCUUAAAAAAACCAAAUUCUACCACUAAACAAUUGGGUUCAAGGCACUUUUGGGAAUGUUUGUGUAGACCAGGAUAUUAUUUUAAAGGUGGAAAUUGUGUGUUAUGUGAGCCCGGAACAUUUAAAGAUGAUAUUGGUGAUACUCCUUGCCCAGGUACUUGUGGAAAUAACGUAACAUCAGAAGUGGUUGGAGCAAAAUCACUCGAAGAAUUACACUGCUACUGUGAACCGAAAUUUUACAAUAUAAAGAAUGUAGGCUCACCUGAGGAAACAAUUCCUUUGGAUUUGCUAAAUUCAGUAGGAAUGGGCUCAAAAUUUGGAAUGAAGUACGAAGAAAUUGAAGUUGCAAGUCCAAUUUGUGCACCUUGUGAUAUUGGAUAUUUCUGUCUCGGGGGAGAUUCCCCUCCUAACUUAUGUGGAUUAGGGAAAAGCACAAUCGAUCGAUUUAGCUCUAGUGAAGCUGACUGUGAGUGUGACAAAGGAUACGGAUACACCUUUUCUGGUUGUGAGCCUUGUUCUCAAUUCGGGUACAAGGAUACUGUGGGUAAUAUUCCAUGCACAUAUUGCCACGCACAUUCAAACAAAAAUGAAGCUAGGCCUCUAAAUCAGAACUCGGAUCUUUUUAGAUUUAAUUUAGAAUGCGCCGUAUCCAACGAGGAUGAUUUAGGAAUUUAUCAAUUAUUCUCAAACCACUUGGAGAAAUUUCAAAAUGAAACUUCAAAUACUGUUUUAGUUACAAAUGAACUGGGUUCAACGUCUGUAAAGGAUUGCAGAUUUUGUAUUUCAGGUUAUUAUUUUAACAUCAACGCUAAAGAUUGUUACAAGUGUCCAUACAAUUCAUACUGUCCUGGAUUUGACAAUCAACCUAGGAGGUGUGGGUUGAACAGUAUUUUAAACCAAGAUAAAGCUCUUUCUGCAAUUGAUUGUACUUGUCCAAUGAGAUACGGAAAUAUUUAUAUGUAUCGUAAUCCCAUCAACCUAUCGGUUGAUUGUCACCAGUGUAAAGUUGGGUUCUUCCAGCACUUAGAAUCAAGUGAUAUAUCAUGCCUACCCUGUCCGGAUAACACAACAACUCUGUCAGUUGGAUCCAAAAGCAUUUUAUCAUGUAUCCCAGAAAAAGGUUAUUUUAUUAAAGUUUUGCUCACAGUUGAGCAUUCUUUAUUGGUGGAAGAUGACAACCAUACUGAGUCUGAAUCUUUUGAAAGCAAAUAUAUCAAAGAAAGGACUGAUUCUAAUGAACUAAAGGUAAAAUGUGUAAUGGCCAAAAAGAACAGCAUCAGUUCAAGGCAUAGCACUACUGUUUUAAGGGAGACUGAAACGGCCUGUUCUAAGGAAUGUUUGCGGAAUAUAUAUUGUACAGGUUACUCUUUUGGGGAGGAUGGUUAUUACCUUAAUAAAAAAUCAACACCUUAUACAACCAAUCAAGUUAGAUUGUAUGAUGGAACCAGAUUCAUUAAUGUAGAAUUUAAAAGGUGUAAAUUAUAUUUUUUCGACCUUCAAAUUAAAGAUAAUUAUGAGGAAUCUGAAACUAUCAAACUUUGUGAAGUUGUUUAUAAUUUUCCGUUUAAGGCUGUUUUAUGUCCACUAAACAGUUUUUGUACUGGUACUAGAAUUCCAACCCCGUGCCACGAAAAUUCAGUAACGCUUGAAAUAGGUUCUAACACCGUUGAGUCAUGUCUUUGUAAGGCAGGGUAUGAGCCAUCGAAACUAGUCAAGAACCAGUGUAUUCCUUGUAGCAUUGGGUGGUAUAAGGAAGAAAUUGGCAAUUUUUCUUGCUUGAGGUGUCCAGAUAAGUUUAAAACUUAUAAAAUGGGUUCAAAACAUGCUUCUGACUGUGCUUGCACUCAGGGCUACUAUGCUGUGGUAGAAAACUCUGAAAAUAUGCCGAUUGCAACUAAAUACAUUGUAACUGGAAAGUCAAUUUAUAAAAGUGAUAAGGAGGUUAUGAUUGAGCUAGAUUUGAAAAUUGAUGAUUACAAUAGGAUAAAUUUUGUGAGUGAUUCUGCCUAUAAAUUAUCGUUAACCGAUUCUUUAUUCUUAGUUCCGUCUGAAAUAAAUGGCUCUGAAAAUAACAAUUCUCGUAAAAUAAAGUGUGAGAAGUGUUUAACUGACCAUUAUUGUCCUGGCGGAUGGUUUGGAGACGUAGAUUCUGAUGCCAAUAGUGAGUCUAAAAUAAGUGAAUUAAAGUAUAAAAUUCAUAAUAUUUCCUACAAGUGCCCUUUUGGUUCUGGUAUACCUCCUCAAUCCACCAAUCCAUCUUCAUUGUCACAGUGUUUAUGUCUACCCGGUUAUAUGCCAGAGGGAAAAGAUUUCCAAGAACAAAAGAUAAAUUUUAAAGGGUUGGACCAGUACUUUACUUCAGUGUUGGCUGAUGUUGUUAAGAGAACAUAUUCAAAUAGAUGUAUUCCAUGUGAGCCUGGGAUGUUCAAGGAGGGUCAGGAGAACUCACCUUGUAGUGGAAGAUGUAUGGAGUAUGCCACAACAUAUGGUGGCUCAGUUUCAAAAAGUCAAUGUUUUUGUCAGUAUGGUAGAUACAUGAGGGUGAAAAAACCUAAGAAUACAGGAGAUGAGUAUCAUAUAUCUAAUAAUUCAGAAAAUGAGGUUGAUGGGUAUAAAAAUCUAAAGUGCUCAAAAUGUAUGGAAGGUGCAAAAUGUCCGGGAGGGUUAGACAUUGAGAUUGUUAAGUUAUUAAAGAAGGACUAUAAAUUUGAUUCAAUUAAGCUGAGUGAUCAUGUUAUGCCUAAGCCGAAGCAGGGUUAUUACCCAGCUUAUCCUGCUUACAAUAAUAUUGAAAAUAGUAGCAAAAUUUGGGACCCGAGUAAACAGAACGUAUCUAUAGUAGAGAGAGUAUACACUGAAUUUGUAGAGUUCCACCCCUGUAAUUUAGAGUUCAGAUGUGGCUCUCAAUUCCCCGGUUACUGUUCCCGUGGUUCUGAUGGAUACCUUUGUGGCAGAUGUAUAAGAAAUUACGACAAUUCCCACUUCAGAACAGACUGCACUGAAUGUAACUCUAUUCUGAAUGAAAUUUGGUUGUAUUUAUCACUAAAAGCAUUGAUUUAUUCAAUGGUGUUGAUCUUGGCGAUUUUUUUAUUCUACAACCAAGUUGUAUGCUUUGUUCUCAUUAAAAUAUUUAUAGAAUUUUACUUUACAAUGCUUCCCUAUGGGAUAAUUAGUGUAUUUACAAACUCGAGCAUUAAGAGGUUUGUUCCCGUACUCAACAGUGUAUUUGCCUAUCCUCUAAGGUCCUUUGCUUAUUUGAGAAUCGGAUGCAUAUUUAAGAAUACAGAUUAUAUUAUUUUAUGGUACGUUCAGAGGAUAACUUCAAUUUUAAUACCGGCUAUUGAUUCCAUUAUUCUGUUUCCAAUUUGUCUAAUUUUUUUAAAGUUGGUUGGAAUAAUUUUUAAAAACAGUUCAAAUGCCAGUGAUAUAGAUGCUUUUGGAAGGGAUUAUAUCAUUAGGGAUAAUUAUAAAGUGUUAUUUUUUCGAAUCUUGGCAAUUUGUUACUUUAUUCAGAUGCACUUUAUUUGGAUUGAGUUGUUGCAGAUGGUUUGGUGUGUAAAAGUGAGAUACAAGAGGCAACCUUGUGUUUCAGUUUUAUUACACAUGCCUGUUGAACUAUGUGCUAUGAAAAAUUUCAGGUUUGUAGUGUUUAUCACAGCCGCGAUUUCUAUUGUAGUUUUAUCUUUUUGUUGUUUUUGUUGUUACAUUUCAAUUCACAAAUUUGACAGAAUUGGAGAGAUGUUUGGUUUUGGUUAUCGAAGAGGAUUUAAGGAAUGGGAUUCAGUUGUUCUGUUAAGGAGAUUUAUAAUAUCUAUUAUUUGUACAAUUCAGAUUGGGAUUAUUUCACCUGCUGAGUCGGGGCGUUUAAGGAUAGUAUCGAGUAUGAUGUUAUCCUGUCUAUUUGCUGUGCUUAAUUUCACCCUUUAUCCGUUUAACUUGAGGAGCGAUAAUCUGUUUAAUAAAAUGCAAAUGUUGGGGAUUUGUGUUAACAUUUUAACAGCUUGUAUUAUUCAGGGGAGUUUCAGUUAUGACUUUAACUUUGGUAGUCUGGCUCCGAUUUUUCUAUUUGGUGGAUAUUGUCUAAUCAUUCUUUGGUACAUUAUUGUUGAGAUAUCGAAAUCAACUGCAAUCAGAGGUGAUCCAGAAGAUUACGGAGGCGGAAGUUUCGGGAGAUUCUUUAGGAGAAUUGUUGAGUUUUUUACACUAUGGCACACAAAUGCUGAAAUAACUCUAAAUCUUAAGAAAAAAUGUAUAACAGUUGAACCGCCUUUUGAGCUUUUGAAGGGCAGGUUUGUGAAAUAUAGAAGUGUUAAUGCCAGUUUGAGUAUUAGUAGCAGGAAUGCUGUAUCUUUAUCAAUUAGGGAGUCACUAAACAGGCUAAUCUUGGAGAAAAGGAGGACGUUUGUUCCAAGCUGGUGGCUAGAGUUUGUAGUAAACUAUACCAUGUUGAGAUAUGAUUCGUACAAAAGGGGUGUUGCUGAUUACACAAGAAUUGAGGAUAUUGUAAUAACUCCAUGGCUGAUAAGCAAAUUCACUCUAGAACCGUUCCAGGAGGAUUUGAUAGACUGCAUAGAGGAAUAUGAUCCUGAGAGGCCUAACCUUUUAAAAGAGGUCAUUCAUAAGUACAAUCAGGCGAAGUCUUUUGUUUUCGGCAGGCUUAAAUCAUGCGGAGAGGUUAAGGAAACGAAAUUUGACAAGAUGGUUGAAAUGAUACACACUAAGCGGAUUCUAGAGGAAAGACUGGAAAAGUUAAACUUAAAGCUUGAAAAACUAAAGAAAAAUGCGGAACAAGGUGAAAAGGUUGUGGAAUAUGUUAGGAAGAUUCAAAGGGGAGUUAAGAAAAUAUUAGAUACAAACCUCACGAAUGAAGAGAUUCUAAGGAGAAUUGAGGAACAUAAUAAAAAUUUAACUAACAAAAAGUAA